AGAGAGAGUGGCUUUUUGCUUUUGCGGUUUGAAGGUGUAAUUUCGCCGGCUCCAACCUCAGACACCGUCAGUCACUACGCUGUGCCCUCGUUCACACAUUCAUUCGAGCCCUCGUGCUGUCAUUCAGUGCAGACGUUGUUACAGCAAUAACACCCGAGCGCUGGUUGUGUUCCAAGCAGCGUUCUAAGAGCUGUGCCUAGAUUAACCUCUAUUGACCCUGCAGCAAUCCCAUGACACAGAGGAUAAUGUAUGUAAAAAUAUGCAAGACUCACAGGAAACCCACGUAUCCAACCACUUAGAGGAGGUCGUUGCUGCUGUCAGCAUAACCCCUGGAAAGAACAUCGAGGUCCAGCUACCUCAGACAGUCCUCUUCCAGCCUCCGCGAGAGAAACUCCACCUCUGCAAAGAGAAAGCGAAGUCCCAUGCCAGCAGGCAUGAAUAUAAGCAGGCGAUCCCGGAGCUUGUACGCUGCGUAGCGUUGACGAGGAUUUGCUAUGGCAACUACCAUUGGAAACUAGCAGAGGCCUAUGUUAAUCUGGCUCAAGGCUACCUCCAGCUGAAAGGACUGUCCCUACAGGCCAAACAACAUGCAGAAAAAGCCAAAGAAAUCCUCUCCAACUCCGCUCUGCCUCCCUAUAACGACAAUACAGAUGUUUUCAGGUGUUCGGUUGAGCUAUUUCAUACCAUGGGGAGAGCCUUCCUCUCCCUUCAAAAAUUUAAGGAAGCUGCGGAGAACUUGACAAAAGCAGAGAGGCUUUUGAAGGAGCUGCUGCAGUGCGGAAGGAUGGAAAAGGAGGAAUGGGUCGAACUCCAAGUGCAGAUCAAGGUGUCGUUCGCACAGCUGUAUCAAGGUCAGAAGAAAUCAAAAGCAGCCCUGGCCCACUACCAAGAAGCUCUAGACUACAUGGAGACCAGUAAAGGCGAAAAGAGUCUUGAAUGUGUGCCAGUACUGCGGGGAUUAGCAGGUGUCGAACAAGCCCUGAAACGUCAUGACGCAGCCAUCAGCCAUUUUCUACAGGCGCACCUCAUCCUCCUGAGCAGCGAGCCGUCUGAAGAGGAGGCCGCGCUGUCCGCGCACCGUGUCGCCCACGCCGCCUUUGCUUCCGGCAGGCCCGAGCACCAGGAUGUGGCUGAGCAGUAUUUUCAAGAGAGCCUGGCUAGCCUUAAGGAUGCUGAAGGGACGAGAAGAGCCAAGUUUCUGUCCAUUCAAGAUGAAUACUGCCAUUUCCUGCAAGUCACCGGGGAAGAAGAGAGAGCAACCUCGAUCCUGAGAAAGUCCCUGGAGGCCAAAGUGGGCGUGUUCGGGGAUCUCAGCCCCGAGGUGGCAGACACAUACCGGCUCCUGAGUGGGGCUGACCUGGUGCAGGGGAACCACAGUGGGGCCCACAAGAAACUGAACAAGUGUCUUCAGAUUCAGACCCUCUUAUACGGAACACAGGACAAGAGGACGCUGGCCACCCAGCAGGCCCUGGACGUCCUAUCCAAGACCCCCCAGAUGGCCGUGAAGCUGAGGCAGGCCCCGAAAGCUAGACCAGCCUUCUGCACUGGCCUGGCCCAGCACCCCACUGUGCUGGGGAAGGCCAGGCCCCAUGCAGCGGACUGAGACCGCACUGCACCCCAAAGAAAGCUCUGCUCACGCCUGGUGCUGGAUCAGCAUCUCUCCUGGUGGCAGGUGGAAUCCGGCGUCACUGGACGGCUUCUCCAGGCUGGCUGUGUGUCACCAUACCCGAGCUGGGGCGCGUGCGGACGCUGGCUG